CUAACAUGAAAUAAUUUGUUGAGUUUUGUACCAACACACAUUUUAACCCUGUUGAGACCAGUACAGGGGUCUGCAGCUUUUGCAUUCACCAGUCUCAGUUGAUCUGCAUGAUCAGUUCGUUUCAAUUCUCAUGAGGAAAGACCAAAAAUCAUGGGAUAUGUUCUUCCCAGCUAUAAAUAUGAGGAGAAGAAGUAAAACUAUUUGUCUCUUGUAGUUGUUAAGCCUUCACACACUAGUAUUUUUCUAUUUACAGAGAAGAAAAUUUCUGAAGACUUAUGAAGAUGAUGAAUCAAGUAUGGGUUCUCGAAACAAUUGCCAAGUUAAUGAUCAUGUUGAUGGUUCUGGUUUAUGCAACAUCUGCUACUAAUUUCACUGUUGGUGGCGAAUCCGGAUGGGCUCUUGAUUCUGAUGUGCAAACUUGGGCCUCUUCAUACACUUUCAGCGUUGGAGAUACACUAUGUAUUCAUAAUAUGUUUCUGAAUCUCAAAUUCUUUGGCUGUUUACAUGCAGUGUUUGUUUAUAAGCCAGUUCACAAUGUGCUUGAAGUGACAGAGUAUUCUUACGACGUGUGUAACUUGGAAAAUCCCAUCAGUAUAACUGAUGGAACAAACACCACUGUAACCCUUGACACUCUUGGAGUAAGGUACUUCAUUUGCGGAACUAUAGGUCAUUGCAUCUCAGGACUGAAGGUCAAGAUUGUUGUUAACUCUACAGACUCGUCAGGCUCAGAAGACGACAACAAUACUCCUCCUAUUGGCAGUUCACCACCUUCUCCUAGUCAAUCACCUCCACCUCCUUCAAACACUCAUGGUACUCCUCCUGAUGGUUACUAUGCUCCACCUGGUUCUAAUGCU